GUGAGCUGCUGUUGGAAGACAUUAACCGGGCAACCUGAGCCCUGGGCAAAGGUUCGGGGAGUCCGUCACCCCAAGGCUCCUCGGGGAGGGGAAGCCGCCGCUCCUGCUGUGGCGAUUCCAGUGGAUACCAUUCAAGGCUCAGGUGAACAAGGAGGGGGGAGAUGGCGGAGACGGAGAACGGCGGCUCAGUGCAUGCGACUCGCUUUGAGGCGGCCGUGAAGGUGAUUCAGAGCUUGCCCAAAAAUGGUUCAUUCCAACCCACAAAUGAAAUGAUGCUCAAGUUCUAUAGCUUUUAUAAGCAAGCAACCCAAGGACCUUGUAAUAUUCCAAGACCUGGAUUUUGGGACCCUAUUGGUAGAUAUAAAUGGGAUGCAUGGAAUGCUUUAGGGGAUAUGCCCAAAGAAGAAGCUAUGAUUGCCUAUGUUGAAGAGAUGAAAAAGAUUCUUGAAACCAUGCCAGUGACGGACAAGGUUGAAGAACUGCUGCACGUACUGGGCCCGUUCUAUGAAAUUGUAGAGGACAAAAAAAACAGAGGAUCUGGCAUAAUAUCAGGCCCUGGAACUACCAUAACAUCUGUGCCAGCUGUGAAUGGCAAAUCUGAGAGCAGUGAUAGUGGAGCAGAGUCGGAGGAGGAAGAAGUCCAGGAAGAAACGGAGGAAUUAAAGGAGGCUGUGGAAGAAAGUAAAACUAUAGAAGAGGAAUCGUCUGUAGCCCAGGAGGUGGACAGUGUUGUUGCCAAUGGUGGCUGUGAUGAUGACACUCCUAAUUCUGACUUGACCAAUGGAAUACAGACUAAAUCUGCCCUGAAUGGUAUAAAUGAAGAUGAAAAAAUUAAGAAGAAAGACAAAUGCCUUGAACUACCUCUCAGAUCUCAUUUUGGUUCUUAUCACCAAGGUCUCACUGAUGAUACCACUGAAGAGAUCUCUGGAAUUCAACAUUUGACAAGUGAUUCAGACAGUGAGGUUUUCUGUGAUUCUAUGGAGCAAUUUGGGCAAGAAGAGCUCACGGAAAUCAGUACAUCAAACAAUGAAUCUUCAAGGCAUCAUUUCCAUUUCUCAGAAGUUGAUUAUGGUAGUCUCCUAGAAACGGCUGAUUUGCUUGAACCUGGAAACUACAAUUCAGAAGGUAUAAAAGAGGCUACAGUUGAAGGAAAAGGUGAAGUCAAGUGUGGAGGCGAAGAUGGCAAAGCAAGUGAUGGAGGUCCUCACAAAGAGAAGAAAGGUGGCGAAAAGGUUGAUUUCUAUGGAAUCAGAAGAGGGAGAGGGCACAGAAUGCACCCUGUGGGUGACGGCAGCCAGCGUGGGCAGAUGGGCAGUGGAGGAGAUGGAGAACGAUGGGGUUCAGACAGAGGGCCAAGGAGCAGCCUCAAUGAACAGAUUGCAAUAGUGCUAAUACGAUUACAAGAAGACAUGCAAAACGUCUUUCAGAGACUAAGUACACUGGAGACACUGACAGCUUCACAGGCAAGAACAGCAACUCUGCAUUCAAACAAUCAGUCUGCUUCAUCUGUUAAGAGACCAUCAUGGUGGCCCUUUGAGAUUUCUCCUGGUACUUUAGCCUUUGCUAUUUUAUGGCCCUUUAUUGCCCAGUGGCUGGUCCACAUAUAUCUUCAAAGAAGGAGAAGAAAAGAGAUCUGACGGUUCAGUUCCUGAUUUUGAUUAAGGACUGCUUAUAUGGGAAGUCUCUGGAAGGAGAACUAAUUCAUCAAAACACCAACAAGAACUACAGGCUGUCGGAUGGGCUCAGUCUUCCUUCUGUUGCAUUAUUUUUUUCCCCUUUUGCACUACCUGAGAUAAUAUGAUCCAUUGAGCUUAGGUAACAAGUAACAUAAAUACCAUUACCCCAUCCUGCAAUUACAUGACCCUUAAGUUAAUUGUUUUGGAAUGUAUACUUUCUGGACAAACAAUCUGAAAGAUUUUAUUGCAGCCCUUAAAGAGAAUUUUUGGCUUUAGAAACACAAUUGAAUGCAAAAAAAAUUCAAAUCUAUAAGAUCAUUGCUUUAACCUGACUUAUGAUUUCACUCAUGACUUUGUACAUAGGAAACGUGCAAGAAAAAGAAACUGCCUAGACUAGUCAGAUUGUGUGGCCGCACUUAAAGUUCGAAGAGGUUUAACUUACCAUUGCUGCUAUAUAAAUGAGAGAGGUUUUGUUUUUAAGUUAAGAAAUUGGAAUUAAAUGUUUAAGCCCAUGAAUUUUACUUCCACAGGUUACCCUCACCAUUGUAUCUGUUUAAAAACUUAGUAGCCAAGCACCUUGGAAGUUACAACAGCACACUGGGGUUGAAUAUGGCAUGAUACAUAAUAGCCACCUAGAGUGGGAACAAUCAAGAAAAAAAAAAGAUCCUACUACACCAAAGCAAUACCAAAAUCAGCAAGAAUUCAAUGCACAGCUCCAGUGAUUUCAGUAAGACUUGGGUAUGUUGGGAUUGCAUCAUGUGACAGCAAUAUUCUUUAGCGGAACUAUUUUAUGACUAUUUUAACUUAUCCAUAUAGAAGGUGCUCAUAAUAAAUGCAUGUAGCUGCCUGCAUAGAUGGGUGGAAACCAACUUCCACAAAUGGAUUAGUUCUAGUGCUGGACCAAAAUGCCUCUGGGAUACCAGGUAUCCAGCAUCUAAAGCUGUGCAAGCACUUCUUGUGUUACUCAUACAAAAACUAAUGCCUACAAACAGGAUGUUGUGAAGUCCAGGGGUGACAGGCGUGAGAGUCUGGGUUGGAUUACAUUAGACUGUAGAUGGUGGCUCAGAAA